AUGAAUAUUGAUUUCGAAUCGGAUACUGUAAAAAAUAAUCUAUUGUUAUUGGCAAACGAUAACAACCACAUCAAUUGCAAUACAAACAAUAAUGAUCCGCUAAACGAUUCGUCGUUUAAUGAUUAUUUUUUCAAUUCAAAUCAUAUGACUACUUCAAAUGGGUUCAAUAAUAUAAUAAUAAAGGAAAACGAAUUGUUCGAUAACGGUUUUGAUGAUGAAGGUAGUAGUCCAGAUGAUGAUGAUGAUGAUGAAAUAGUAGAUGAUAUCGUGUUGUUUGAUAUAGACCAAGAAAACGUCCAACCUCGAAUCGUUCCAGAUAAAGAAAAUGAUAUGUUGGUCCAUACUCAACCAGUAUACUUGAUUGAUCCAAUCGCCUUCAAAUUAGAUCAUGCAAAUUCCAACUAUUUCUAUUCUUCUGCAAAUCCCAACGAGGAAAAUGAUCUGGAUAAUAUAGAUAACAUUUCCUUUGGUAAUACAGAUGUAAACGAUUAUCCUUUUGAAGAUGGAUUGCCCCAAGAUCAAGAUCAAGACCAAGACCAAAUACAACUGUCAUUGCAAAAACAAAUCAAACCACAAGAUGCAGAAGAUUAUUUUAAUAUUAACUAUAUCCCAAGAGUCUUACCUAAUCAAUAUUUUAUACAAGAAAAUUAUCAAAUGACUACUACCACAACGACUAGGCAAAAGGCCGGAGCCGCUCCGAAAAGGGAAACUAUUCGCGAAAGAAAACAACAUUCCUCCAAUAUAGUAAAUAAAAAUACAAAUUUGCUCCCUCUUACAACAACCUAUAAAAAGCAAUUGAAAACUAUAAACCUAGUAAAAUCAAACAUUAUCGAAAAAUCCCAAUUCAUAAAACUAUUGUAUUCCAAAUUGUCAAGAUACACCACGGCAAAUAUCAUCACAAACUCCGCAUCUAAUGAACACCAGGAGUAUCUUGAUAAAGUAAGAUUCCAGGAAAUUUCUUACAAGUUCAGUAAAACAUAUUAUUAG